GCGGGGCCGGGCGGAGGGGCCUGGGCGGCGCCUCACGCAGCCUCCUCAAGAUGGCCGCCUCUCCUGACCGACCUGCGGAGGCGGCGGCGGCGGGAGGAAGAAGAAGGUGCCGCUGAGGGGAAGGAAGGCAGGCGGGCAGGCAGGCUGACAGGCGGCGGGCCCGGUCUCCCUUCGCGGCCUGCGGCUCCGGGCCGCGAUAACGCCAUGCGGCGGGGCUAGAGCCGGAGGCUUCCACCGCGAGUCAAUAAUGUUAGCGGAGACCAGUCUUUCCAUAUGGGGAUGGGGAAGCCUUUGUGUUGUGCUUUUUCUAGUAACGUUUGGACCAUUUGCUAUAUUUUACUUCGCAUUUUAUAUCCUCUGCUUUGUGGGUGGGGGUUUUGUGGUAACACUCUUAUUUGGAAAAACAAAUUCAGAGAAGUACCUCGAACUGUGUGAACACUCCUUUCUUCCUCCUACAUCAUUUGGCAUUACCAAGUGCAUAGAAGAAAUGAAACAGGAAAGCAAGCCCAUUAAGAUUGAUAGGAGGCUAACUGGUGCCUAUAUAAUCGACGAACCUCUUCAGCAAGUUAUCCAAUUUUCACUGCGUGACUAUGUCCAGUAUUGGUAUUACACACUAAGCGAUGAUGAAUCUUUUCUUCUUGAAAUCAGGCAAGCUCUGCAAAAUGCACUAAUUCAGUUUUCUUCUAGAUCAAAAGAAAUAGAUUGGCAGCCAUAUUUUACUACUCGACUUGUAGAUGAUUUUGCCACUCACCUUAGAGUUUUCAGGAAAGCCCAGCAAAGGAUAACUGAAAAAGAAGAACAGGAUAAAGAUGGAGCAGAAGAUCUUGUAUAUACAUUUUUUGAAGUUGAAGUUGAAAUGGAAGAGAAAAUAUGUCGUGAUCUAGUCUGCACAUCUCCCAAAGAUGAAGAAGGAUUCCUAAGGGAUCUGUGUGAAGUUUUACUGUAUUUAUUGCUACCUCCUGGAGACUUCCAGAACAAGAUCAUGAGAUAUUUUGUCAGGGAAAUCCUUUCUCAAGGAAUUCUUCUUCCAUUAAUAAAUCAGCUCAGUGAUCCUGAUUAUAUUAAUCAGUAUUUCAUUUGGAUGAUUCGUGAUUCAAUUUGCAACUAUGAGGCCUUUAUGAACAUUGUUAAAGUAAGUGACAAAAUAGGGGAGUUGGAAGCAGUAAGAGAUAAAGCGGCAGAAGAACUACAGUAUCUUCGAUCCUUGGAUACAGCUGGAGAUGAUAUCAACACUAUUAAAAAUCAAAUAAAUAGUUUAUUAUUUGUGAAGAAAGUAUGUGAUUCGAGAAUACUGAGGCUGCAGUCAGGAAAAGAAAUAGAUGCUGUGAAACUGGCUGCAAACUUUGGAAAACUUUGCACAGUCCCUCUGGACAUCAUUCUAGUAAAUAAUGUUGCACUACAAUUUUUUAUGGAUUACAUGCAGCAGAUGGGAGGCCAAGCACAUCUUUUUUUCUGGAUGACAGUAGAAGGAUACAGGGUUACAGCGCAGAAACAGCUGGAAGUGUUGUUCAGUCUUCAGAAAGAUGGAAUGCAUCAGACAGCACAAACCAAAGGCCUUUUAAGAACAGCUGCAGUUGGAAUUUAUGAUCAGUAUUUGUCAGAGAAGGCAUCUCCGAGAGUCAAUAUUGAUGACAACUUAGUAGCAAAGCUGGCAGAAAAACUGAAUAAUGAAGAUCCAACACCUGAAAUCUUUGAUGAGAUUCAGAGAAAGGUAUAUGAUCUGAUGCUGCGGGAUGAAAGAUUCUAUCCAUCAUUCAAACAACAUGCACUUUAUGUGCGAAUGCUUGCUGAACUAGAUAUGCUAAAGGAUCCUAGUUUCAGGGGAUCAGAUGAUGGUGAGGGAGAAUCAUUUAAUGGUUCUCCUACAGGAAGCAUUAACUUGUCAUUGGACGACCUUACAAAUGUGCCUACUGAUGAGUCCAUACAACUGCAUGCGUAUAUUUCAGAUACUGUCUGUGCUGAUUAUGACCCAUAUACUGUGGCAGGAGUUUGUAAUGACCAUGGAAAGACAUAUGCGCUAUAUGCUAUUACUGUUCGCCGUCGAACUCCAAAUGGAGAUGAAGUAUGGAAGACCUAUCGUCGCUACAGUGACUUCCAUGACUUCCACAUGAGGAUCACUGAACAGUUUGAAAAUUUAGCAAAUUUAUUGAAGCUGCCCGGUAAAAAAACAUUCAAUAACAUGGAUAGAGAUUUUUUGGAAAAAAGGAAGAAGGAUUUAAAUGCAUACUUGCAGCUUUUGCUAGCUCCUGAGGUGAUGAAAGCUUAUCCUGCUUUAGCACAUUAUGCGUAUGACUUCUUAGAAAAUAAGGCGUACAGUAAAGGAAAGGGAGAUUUUGCUCGGAAGAUGGACACAUUUGUAAACCCACUGCGUAACUCUAUGAGAAAUGUUUCAAAUGCUGUCAAGUCCUUCCCUGACAGCUUGACAGAGGGGAUGACUAAAAUGUCAGACAACAUGGGCAAAAUAUCAGAAAGAUUGGGACAAGACAUAAAGCAAUCAUUUUUCAAGGAGCCUCCUUUAAUGCAGAAGACAUAUGUUGAUCCUAAACACUGCCGUGUUGCAGCACACCUUGAUGAUAAUGUGGAUGACAAUGUUCCCCUCAAAAUAAUGCUGCUACUCAUGGAUGAAAUCUUUGAUCUAAAGGAGAGAAAUCAGUGGUUACGACGAAAUAUCAAAAACUUGCUCCAGCAGCUGAUCAGAGCAAUGCAUGGAUACACAAUAAAUAAAAAAAUAGUUGAUCACGUUGAUUGGAUGACAUCUCCAGAACAGGUUGCAGAUGCGGUUAAACGGUUCAGGGAUGCCUUUUGGCCAAAUGGUAUUUUGGCAGAAACUGUUCCCCGCAGAGACAAUGCAAUACGAAUGCGAACAAGAAUAGCUGGAAAAACAAAAUUACUGGGGAUAAUGCCAGAUGAGCUGAAGCAUAUCCUAGGUGCUGAGACAACAAGAAAAGGCAUCCUCCGAGUCUUUGAAAUGUUUCAACAUACUCAACUAAAUAAACGGCUGAUAUAUGUCUUUCUGGAGGGCUUCUUGGAAACCUUAUUUCCAGUGUAUGGAUUUCCUGAUCUCUUCAAAAAACUGCAUUCACAUUCAAAACAAAUGCAGCGAUACAUGCAUAGACUACAAUCUACGCAAGCGCCUUUUUUACAGAAAAGGUGACACUCCAGACUUAUUCAUUGGUGUCUGUUUGCCCAGAACCUGGGCAGAUUCUCUGGGGCUUAUAACUCUCAUGCUGUUAUUUCUGCACCAGUCUUUUAGUGUCACAUAAUAAGAUUAUUAAUGCAUCCAUAGAAGAUGUGGUCCUUCUCAUCCUUCAUCUCUAAUGCAACCACUACCAUGAACAGGGUUCAUGUGUCUUAAAUGAUUUGGUGCAUCUUCAUGCAACAUUGAGAAGAAAACUACUGCGCUCUGAAAAGAAUGUCUGUUUCUUCCACUCCUGACGGGAUUUAUGAAUGCCAGCAAUGAAAACGUGCUAGACCUUGUCCACUGAGACAUAAGUAAAGCACAACUAUGGUGAUAGCAAUGGAGGAUUUGGCUGCUGUGCUUGGAACUGGGAGAUUGUGCAAUGUGAGAAUCAGGUGCGAUUUGAUUUGCAUUAUGACUGUCAAGGCUUGUAGAUCUCAAUCAGCGGGUCUGAAAAGGUUGAGCUAGCAUGAAGAAACGUUUUGUGGGACAAAUAGCUCUGAGAACUGUUGUAAUUUCCCCCAAACUAUAUUUCCUAACUAAACGCUGAGGUAAUAAUAUGGAUUUUGCACAUGGCAUCAUCUACCUGAAUUUUCUUUUUUUUAAAAGCUGAACUAAAUAAAUUACCUUGGUUGGGUUUAUUUUUCACUGAGCAAGGGCAGAAGUACAGGAAAUUAAACAUGGUUUUGAAUCAGCUUGUUUAGCAGUAUUGGUUUACUCUACACUUAUAAUCUUUGUUGUUUUCAUAUAACCGUUAAAUGAAAAGAUUCCUAAUAGCACUUAGCAAACAAAAGGAACAGUGUUUAAAAUAUGAGGUUGCCACAUUUAUUUAUUUAUUAGGAACCUGGGGAGUGUGAGGAUGAGGGAAAGCAGCAAUUUAAAAUAAAACACUGUUGGCAUUAAGAACAUUUCUUUUCUUUUGAAAAAAGGGAUUGUAUUAUAUGCCAUUAAAAUCACCCUAAGACAUACUUAAGUAUAUUCCCCUCAAGUGGUAAAUAGCUAAAACAACUUGGUUUCUUGCUGAGAUGAAAGUCUUACAGACUUCGGUGAACAGUCAUAAUAUGCAAAUAGUUGCAAAUUCCUGAAUGCACCAUAGUGUAUAUAUGAAAAUAAGAGACACAAUUACAAUAUUUUUUUAAAUAACAAUCUUUUUAUUUUUUACAUAAUGUAAAAUUUUAAUAAACCUCUUCAACACAGAAAGCUCCCCCCCCCCCAUUUACCCUCUUUACUUCCAAACAUGUCCAAUUGAGAAUGAAAUAAUAAUUGACCACACUUCAUUAGCCUUAAUUUAUCUUGGACUCGCCAUCUCCCUUUCUGACUUUCCUUCCUCCCAUCACCAAGGGAUUUCAAAUAUAGUGGUUAUUUAAGAAGAGAGAAAGAGAAAUUCAGAAAAUAUCUAAGAUAUAGUACACUGUUAACAUAUUCUUUUUUGAAAAGAGUUCUGAUUUUAAUUGGCAGGGUUUGGUUGUAAAUGCAGUUCCUAAAAGGUCUCACAGCUGAGGUUCUCCAAUUUAGUAACCUAUAUUCAGGAGAAAAAAGUUCAAACCUUGGAAGAUCAAAGAGGGGAGCAGCCAAGAAGGAUAUCAGUUUAAGGCAGGCCUCUUCAAUCUGCAGUCCUCCAGGUGUUUGGGCCUCCAACUCCCAGAAAUCCUAGCCAGUUUGUUCAAUGGUCAGGAAUUCUAGGAGCUGAAGUCCAAAACAACUGGCAGGCUGAAGGUUGAAGAGGCCUGGUUUAAGGCAUCCAGGCUGUAGACACACACCCUGCCACUCUUAAUGUCUCACUUGGUUAACUUUCUUGAAGCAGGGUCUGCUCAGUACAAGCACCCCCUUCUUUUCAGCAACUUUGGUUUUCAAUAUUCCACUGUUUUGAUAGAUAUAACUUAUAGCUACUUACUGCAAUUUUGACCCCGGUUUCCUCAUGCUUUUCUCUCUUUCAGUUCACUCAGCAUUAUUAUUUUCCUCUGUUGUCUUAGCACCUCCUAGUAUUCAGUCUUGCAUUUGCAAGCUUUAAAAACCCCACUAGAUUCUGCUUUUUAACAAUUUUCACUUCAUGGGAGCACCAUGAUCCCUAACUCUUUAAAUAAGCAGGGGACAUCUGUUCUGAGUGUGCUCUAACUUUUUUUUUUUUUACAUUUUCAUUACGGUAAGCAUUUGUUUCAAAGGCUACUUGUUUCAAGUAGAUACGUAAUUCCACGUACCAUCAUUAUAUUUUCAGGCAACAGAUAUGAAGAAUCAAUUCUUACCUUUUCUCCGUAUUUUUAAAUAGUGGUAACAGUUAACAAGAUAUAUCAUACAUAUAUGUUAUAAAAAAUUCUGUUGAUUUGAUUGUCAGUCAAUGCCCUGAUGGUCAAUGAAAUGGUAACAAGAGCUGAUCUGCACCAUUUUGAAUUUCAAGUUGGGGUCUUUGAUUAAGAUACAUACAAAGUUUUUGAAAAUCCUUGCACUUAGAAACAAGGCAUGUCAGGAGAAACGUUUAUAGCUGACUUUUUCUUCAACAUGCCAGUUUUGCAUGAAGGAAUAUUCAAUUAUAAUGCCCCCACUUGCAGUUUGAAGUUUAAACAGAUUUAGAAUUCUGUGAAAAAUAGACCUAUGUCAUUGUUGGCCUAAUUCAGCAAUUAAACACCAAAAUCUACAUACUUUGGAUACAGAAAAUGUUUUAGUCCUAAAUACACCUUGUAAUAAAUUCUGCUUAAGCAACUUGAAUUGAUACAGUAUAUGUAGAGUAAUUGAUUCAGUUUUCACUACCAGGAUGAUCAACGGCCAAUAAAACAAAUAUAGUUUCUCCUAUCUUUGAGCAUCUACAUUAGUUGUUAGGAUUCUACUCAGUUGUUGGAGUUUUGAUUCUCUAUUCCUAAAGUUUUGGUUGAAUGAAAUUCGGUGAUUUCUUUCAAUGUACCUCAAGGGUUUUGUCAUCUGUAUUUAGUUCCAGAGCAUACCUACAGACAGGAACCAUGAACUGUAUGUCUCUUCUUGAUCAUUUGUGCAUAGUUCACAUGUUGUUCAUUCACAUUUUAUCAUUUAUAGCCCCUGUAUCAUUUCUAUGGGUGUGGAUGCACUUACAGAAAGAUGUCAUCUCUCAUGAAACCAGAGCCAUUGUAGCCAAUGGUGAGGAAUUAUGGGAGUUGUAGUCUAACAUCUGGAAGGCCAUACCUUGUUCAUCCUGGUUACCAUCUUUCAAAGUGCCCCUGCCCCAAAUUGAUUGUCUAAACACAGCACACACUGAGCUGGGGAUGUCCUGGCCUGUGAAUGCUGUGACCAGCCUCUGAAAAUAAAUGUGCCAUUGUCCACCAAAAUGCACUUAGCCUUAAUUCAAGAGAAUGGACAGUAAGGUGGAAUAUUUCAUAUGGUUCAUCCUCGAGCUUCUGCCUCUGGUGUUUGCUAUAACUAAACAGUUAAUUUUAAUUGCUACCAGAAUGUGUAACAAUUUUUAAAAGUAAACUAUGAAUUCUACAAUCUCAGUUUUAAUUUUAGUGCAAUAUUUUCAUGUAACGCAUGUGUAUUUGAAUAACUUAAAAAAAGGAGGAGGAGGAAGACCUUUUUAAGCUAUUGAGAUGAAAGGUGUAAUCUGUCUAAACCAACGAUAUAUAUUCUGUUAUUGCUGCUGUGUUGGAUUAUUUAAGGACUUGUUUUAAAAGUCUGGUUUGUCACUCCCUGUAAAUCCUACUUCUCUGUGCUCACAUGAGCAUAGUUCUUACAUUACAAGGAGCAAAAUCUAAAGAGCACAUCUUAAUAUAGUUGUGAAGUAAAUGACUUAUGCAUAUCAUUGUACAGUAUGUGUCAACUGUGUGCCUAAUGGUCCUUUCAAUAUUUUUCCCCUUUUCUUUAACAAAGAAUGAAAACCAAUUUGGAAUGCCAUGGUCUCUUUCUCUCUUUUGGAUCAGCUAAGAACUCUAGGUUUUUAUUUGGAGUUUGCUUUAUGUUGUUCAACAGAAAAGCUCAGAAAAAAUACACUAAUAAAGUAUUAACGAGAA